AUGGGUGUGUUGAAAAAGCCCACCAUGUCCCUGGACAACUACGAGAAGUUGACCGUCACCUUUGUGAACAAAUGGAAGCAUGGAGGUGAGAAGCAGGGCUGGUGGAGGCGAGCCCGUCUGGUUGCCAGGCAGUUCAAGUGGGCCAGCAUGAUGGGCGAUGAGGAGACGUUUUCGCCUGCAUCGGUGGCACCACUUUCGAGGCAUUUGAUCCUGCUUGCGCAGGAGUGGGGCACGCCAAUCUGGGUGUGCGAUAUCAAGGACGCUUACCUCAACGUCGAGCAGCCGGAGGAUGAGCCCGUGGUGGUUUUGAUCGGAGGCGAGUGGUGGCAGCUUGGCCGUGUUUUGCCUGGACAACGUCGAGGUGCACAGGUGUGGUGGAACCAGCUUCGAGGAGACUUGAGCGACACCCACAUGGAAGGGCUUCCAGAAGUCCCAACUUUGAUGAGAAAUCUGAAGGCCAGACAAGCAACCCAAGUGCAUGUGGACGACAUGCAGCUCACGGGAGACGAUGUCGAGGGCCCUUUCUCUUUGGUUGGAGAUGAAUGGGAGUUCCUGAAGCGCCGCUAUACCAUCGAGGGUGACUACUCCAUCACCGUGAGACCGGCAGCGCACUUCUACCAGGACAUCUAUGACCUUCUGGAUUGCCCUCGCCAUCGCACUACUGCUGGACCUGGAGGUGGCGACAGUCUCUUUCAGGUUGACGACAGCAAAGCAUUGUCAUCGUCACAGGCAAAGCUUUUCAGGACGAUUGUGGGAAAACUCCUUUACAUUAGUGGGGAGCGUCCGGAUGCUCAAGUCGUGAUCCAGUACCUUGCUGGAAAAGCUAGUCAGCCGACAGAGCGAGCGCUGAAGGUUCUGAAACACCUGGCCGGGUUCCUCCACUCCACGCGGGACUAUGGCAUCAAUCUUAAGAACCAGCCCGGCAUCUCUAUUCUUCGUGAUGGUUCGAGUUCUUCUUCGGCAUCUUCAGGCAGCGAGCAGCGACCGGCGCUGGUUGAGGCCAUCAGUGACAGCAACUUUGCCAAUGAUAGGGAGACAAGGAAGAGCUUGUCAUGUGGGCAGGUCUAUGUGAACAGGGCUCUUGUCUACAGCUUUGUUCGGAACCAGAAGGUUGUCACCCUGUCAAGUGGAGAAGCCGAGUUGGUGGCUCUCACUCAGGUGGUCUCCGAGGCGAUCCUCAUCAAGAAGGCUUGGACCUUCCUCACGGAGUUUGAGGUUGACAUGAUCGCCCGUACUGAUUCUUCUGUGGCGAGAGCUAUUGCUCAGAGAGCAGGUGUCGGGAGAGUUCGGCAUUUGCAGACGUCAUGCUUGUGGAUUCAACAAUGGUGCGCAAGGCGUGAACUGAAGGUCUUGGCCAUCCCCACGGAGACGAACCCUGCUGAUGUUGGCGCAAAGGUUCUCAAAGCCAAUCGGCUUCGGACGCUGUGUGGCAUCAUGGGCAUGGUCAAUGGAGGCGGAAGCCUUAUUGGGGCCGACGCUCAAGAUAAUGGGCAGCUCACGAAAAACCAAGCCAAGCUGGCGCUGCGACUUGUUCAGGCAGUGUUGGCUACUCAACUUCAAGGAUGCGCUCCUGGAGGUGAUGAUCGUGGUGGCCUGAGCUAUGACAUGCUUGUCAACUUCAUGGCGGUUGUCGGUGCCUUGGUGGACUACUUCAUCAACAGCUUUAUCCACUAUGUGAGCGUCUUCGGCUAUGUGCUGGAUAACUUUGGCGGCGGCUACCUCAUCAUCUUCGGUGGACUUUGGAUCCUGAUCCUCAUCGGCUACUUGGUCCUUGGCACGUCAUGGCGGAUCACUUUGAGCUGGCGAAGUGGUCGCUCAGGGCUUGAGCCUGGCUAUGGAGAUGAUCAAUCCUCAGCUGAGGGGGCGACUUCAGCUGUGGAUGCGGCUACUUCGACCACGAUUGGCAUCAUCGACCCUGUGAAUGAUGCAUUGGAUGACGACGCCUUUGAGGACUACUUGCGCAGCGCUGGACUUGAUGCUGUGCCUUCAGGUCAUGGACAGGCUUCAUCAUCUUCGAGCUCUAUGGCUGCUACUCCCUUGGUUUCGGCCAUCUACGCCAACCACAUCUACUCCGCCUACGGCUUUCGCAAACCGUACCUCAACGAUGAGCCCAAUUGCAGGUGCAGCGCCUAG